AUGAUGAAUGUAUUUCGAGAAAUAUUUAAGCAUGGUAGUCUUCAUUUUCGAUUUGUUCCAUUUGAAUUGUUAACUGAUAAAGUAAAACAAAAAGAUUUAAAAUUUUAUCAAGAUCUAGUUAAAUAUCUUUAUACGUUUGAUUAUCAUAUUUUCAAAACUGUUCAUGAAACAAAUACAACAGAAUCAAAUUUAACAUUAGGUGUUGUCUCAAUGUCAGCAUUAAUUAAUGAUAAAUGUUUUACAUAUAGUUUAUUAGAACAAUUAUUUGAAUAUGUUGAACGUGCAUCAACAACAAUGUGA